AUGGGGAGGUCGGCUCGGUUAUCCGCUUUCUCAAUAUUCUCUUUCGAUCCCUUUUUUUCCUGCUUUGGCAGAGAAAAGAUGUUUUUUCUAUUGUACGACAUGGCGUUUCACGAUCUCCAGCUGGAUCCCGUUACUUUUGUCCUAAUAUACCUUCCCUGAUUCCCCCUCACUCAAGCUCUGAGCUUUGUUGGAUAGUCGUUUGUGCGUUUCUUGUAUCAUGGCAUGGCAUGAGCGUGCUGUAUUUGGGUUUUUGGGGGCGGCGAACUGGGUCAUACAUUACUCGAGUGGUCUGCAAGUAGGUGUGCAGAUAGGAUUUUGUCUAGACGAAUAUACUUGGUAUAACACCGAGGCAUUGCGACUUGAACAAGCUCACUACUUUCAUGGGCUAUCCCUCUCCCUUCUCCUCCUUCUCCUCCUUCUCCUCCUUCUCCUCCUCCUCUUAGUAAGAGUAUCAAGAGAUCUAGAACUUCUUCUCCCUAAACGAGAGCCUUCCGCCGUCGCCAGUCCCUGGCGACUUGCUGCGGGCGGUCCUUCCCGCACCCAAAUUGUGGCGCCGCCCCUUGGUGAGGCUGAUCAACGCUAGCAGCUGAACCUCUCCUCUAGAGCUCAAACUGUUCCUCGGCAACGAACACGCUCUACUGCUUUUAGAUCAGGCAGCCAGCCACCGCGUACCCUUCUUCAAU